GUUGUUCCGGAUCAUGGCGAGGCUCUUCGUACUCAGUUCGAGUUUAGUACAGACGAAGCUUAUGACAGCGUGUCAGAUAUGCCUCUCCAAUACAAUUUUGGUUAUCGAGUUUCUGAUGAAGAAACCAACAUUUUUAGUUCCUCAAAUGAAGAUUUAAAAGCUUAUACUCUUCUUCCCGGAGGAGAUGUGGAGUCUCGAACAGAGACAUUUAUUACACCAAUCCUUCAAGUAUGUGAUUCUCACAAACUAUGUACAAUAUCUGAGGGGCCAAAAGUAAAAACAACCGCUCCUAAUCAGCUUACCUCUGAAGAAGUUGAAACAAUAAUGAAAAUGCUGGCAAAUUAUAUGACAUCAGGACAAUAUACAGAAGCUCUUUCAUUAAUUAAAGUAUCAUUACAAACUUUGAAGAAAAUGAAUGAUGAUAUCCUGUAUAACAAAGCUUUGCAACAGGUAGAAAGUUUGCUAGUGGAAGAACUAAGAAUACGGAGAGAAAGGCUUAAAGAUAACCCAAGCACAAUACAAGAUAGUUUGGAUUUCACAAACAUGGCUCUCACAGCAAUAAGGGAACUACCAAUGUCAAACCACAUUCUUCAAGAAUUGUUUGAAUUCAAGGACGAUAUUGUUAAUGUGAUCAAUAAUAGCAUCCAUGGAGCAGCAUAUCGCUUGAAACGAAGCGUAUGGGGGAAGAAAGAGCGACAAAAAAGAAAUGCGCCUAAUUCAUUAUUAAUUAAGAUGAAAACUGUAAAAAAAUAUGUGGAUAAUGUUUUAAACAUGUAUGAAUUAAUGAUAAGAAGUUCGAACCCUAACACAAUAAUGAAAGGUAUCCAGGCAUUGCUGAAGGAGAUAGAAACAAUUCUGAAAAUGAUAUGCUAUGCUGCCAGUCCAGGACGACCUGAGAUUUUUAAUAAA